AAAACCUCUAAUUAAAAUAAAAGUAGUUUCAUCCACUGCCUCAUAUGAUAUGAUUCCUUAAUACAUUGUGCUAACUUCAAAAUUCGAAUCAAAACCUCUAAUUAAAAUAUGAUAUGAUUCCUUAAUACAUUGUACAUAAUUCUUGCUAUAUUAUAUUUGUUUUAUAACAUCAAGUAAAAGUAGUUGCAAAAAAUGAAAUGGGAUUAGUUAUAAAUCUGUUCUCAUCACAUUAUAUAAAGUUGGGGACUAUAUUGAUAAAUCCAAAAGCUAACCAAAAUAGUUUGUGACCAUCAGAUCUUUACGUUUUGUUUAUUCGUCUUUACUUAUUUUUUUGGUAUCAGAUCGAUCUCUACAUCUCGGCUGCACCCACCGGGCCUCUGCCGGACAAACAGCCUGCCGGACACAUACAUUGUCCUCGUAUCGUGUAGAUUUGGGACAAACGCGAGAAAAAUUGCAAAGGUGGAGAAGGCAAAGAAGAGGAGGAAAGGAUGAAGGGUGGGAUACUACCGGCUAAGAGACGAUGGAAAGGAUUGGUAAUUGCAGUUUUGGGUCUCGUUUUGCUUUCAUUGCUCGUGCCUUUGGUCUUUCUCCUUGGCCAACAUAACAGUUUCCACUCUCCCGGAUAUGCAACAUCAGAACAAAAUUCAGCCUCAGGUGGACUUAAAAUCUACGGUCGGCAUAGCACUGCUAAGAUUGGGAAUCAGUCGGAGGAUGAUGAAUCAACACAUGUGGAUAACCUAAUACAAAGACUAGAAUCAACUUUUCCCAAGGAUUUUGGGGGAAAUAUUGUUCUUGGGGAAGCGGAGAACAAGACUGUUGGCUCUAAUUUGUUGGAUGGAUUGCCCAAAGAGCGCUUAGGAGCAAAUAGGAUAGGUGUUGGUGACUUGACGAAAGAAGAUCAGGGAACCGGUGUUGGUGACUUGACUAAAAAAGAGCAGGGAACAGUUGUUGGUGACUUGACAAAAAAAGAGCAGGGAACAGGUGUUGGUGACUUGACAAAAAAAGAACAAGGAACAGGUGUUGGUGACUUGACGAAAAAAGAGCAGGGAACAGGUGUUGGUGACUUGACGAAAAAAGAGCAGGGAACAGGUGUUGGUGACUUGAUGAAAAAAGAGCAGAGCACAAAUGGUGGCGACUUUGUAAAUAGAAAACAGAGUGCCGAUGUUGGUGCUAAACCUGCUGCCACUAAGAAUAUCAAAGGCGUUGAUGAGGGUGAGAAAUUAUGUGAGCUAAAAUUUGGGAGCUACUGUCUAUGGCGUCGCAAUCAUAAGGAAAAAGUGAAUGAUUUGACUGUGAGAAAGAUGAAAGACUUGUUGUAUGUGGCUCGGGCAUACUAUCCUAGCAUCGCGAAGCUUCCGGCUCUUGACAAGCUGUCACAUGAAAUGAAGACAAACAUUCAAGACUUCGAGCGUGUGCUUAGUGUAACUACGGUGGACAAAGAUCUUCCUCUUCUGACUGAUCAGAAGCUACCUAAGAUGGAAGCUGUAAUUGCUCAAGCAAAGGCAUGCCGUGUAGAUUGUAGUAAUGUAGACAAGAAAUUCAGACAACUAGUUGAUCUAACUGAAGAUGAGGCUACUUUCCAUAUGAGACAGAGUGCCUUCCUCUACCAACUAGCCGUUCAAACCAUGCCCAAGAGUCAUCAUUGCCUGUCAAUGCGAUUAACUGUAGAGUAUUUUAGAUACCCUCCACCUGAUAUUGAUCAGUCAUUGGCAGAGAGACAUUUGAAUCCAGAUCUUCACCACUUCGUUAUAUUCUCCAGCAAUGUGCUGGCAUCAUCUGCCGUUAUUAACUCCACUGUAACACAUUCAAAAGAAAGUGAGAGUCAAGUAUUUCAUGUGGUAACAGAUAGACAGAAUUACUACGCCAUGAAGUUAUGGUUCUCGAGGAACAAGUAUAUGGAGGCCACAGUUGAGGUUUUGAAUAUUGAAGAUCAUAAACUGGAAAACAGUAAAGCAUCAGCAUCAGUUCAUCUUUCCCUGCCCAAAGAAUAUCGUGUCUCCUUCCACAAGGUUGAUGGACCACCUACAACAGAGUACCUAUCUGUUUUUUCGCAUUCCCAUUAUCUUCUUCCUGAGAUAUUCGCUAGUUUGAAGAAAGUCGUUGUCUUAGAUGAUGACAUUAUUGUGCAAAGAGACUUGUCAGUCUUAUGGAGCAUCAAUAUGGACGGGAAAGUGAAUGGUGCAGUUCAGUGCUGCUCUGUUAGGCUGAUUCAGCUGCAGAAUCUUUUUCCUGACAAGAGAUUGGAUGAAACAUCUUGUGCUUGGAUGUCUGGAUUAAAUGUUAUUGAUCUAGUGAGGUGGAGGGAACAAGAUAUUUCCGGAAGAUACGUGAAGCUGGUAACAGAGAUUUUUGGUGGUUGGGGCUUAACCCAUUCCAGCACCACGAAGUAUGAGAAGCAUAAAAAGAUGAAUUCAGAAGAGUCUGUUGCAUUGCGUGCAAGCUUGCUUACUUUUCAGGGUGAAAUUUACUCUCUUGAUGAUAAGUGGGUAUUAUCAGGACUGGGUCAUAAAUAUGGAGUGGAUGUUGAAGCUGUGAAGAAUGCGAGAGUACUGCAUUAUAAUGGUAACAUGAAACCUUGGCUUGAGUUGGGCAUCCGCGAUUAUUCAGUUUCCUGGCGGAAGUUCCUAAACCAGGAGAAUCAGUUUUUAAGUGAUUGCAAUAUUAACUAGUACAGUAUGGGAUAAUACCUGCAAUUGCUGCUGAAGUUUCAUGAAGACAUGGGUGACGAAGUUUGCACAAGUUUCCUUUUGGUGAUCUUGUGUUGAACCCUAUCUGAGGUAGGGGGACUGAGUAUAAUUUGGUGUGGCUAUCUCUAUUGUUUGGUUGAUGAAAGAAAUUUGUUUAACCUCAAGGCAAUGCUAGAGUGAUGCAUAAUUCUUGUCAAUGACGAAUUGCUACUAAGGCGUGGAGAACUUUUAAUGGGUUAGGCAUACAUACACCUUCAUCGGCUAAUUUUUGUUGGAGCUGUUAAGGGUAUAGUGUAUGAGGAGACUGCCCGAAAUUAUCUUUGAAGAGCUGGAUAUCAACUUUUGCCUCCUAUGAAUCUUGUAAACAUGCAUUCCUUGGGUUAAAUAUAGUUCUACGGAAAUUGUGUGACAACUACUUGGACCCUUGCUUCACAUGUGAUGAGUAUCUUGGAUCUGCUGUGAUGUGUGAUGUUGCCAUUGACACGUUCAGUGAAUUCUUCCUUGUAGAAUUGAGUGUUUGAAUUCAUUUUUUCUUAGCAUUGAUCAGGCAUCUCAUUGUUUUUUAGCUUUGCACUAGCUGCUGGAGAAUUGCCGUUGCUGCUAAAAUAUAUUUAGUGUUUAACAUAAUGCAACAUUGUUACUUUCUAAUUUGCCUUUUGACAAGCAGCUGGACAUUUGUGCCUUGCAGUUAAUAGUUAAAGUUAUAUGACCAAUGACUAAUCAUCUUACUUCUAA